AUGAGUAAUAACACAAAUUUUAUCGAUUUUCUUCAUGAUCAUUAUUCAACUGGAACUACAAACGAUAUAUCUCAAACCCUUACUCGUCUUCAACAACAUCUUGAACAACAACGAAAACUUGUUUUAAAUGAAAUAGCUACUGUAAAGAAAGACGAAGAACAAUUAAAAUCUCUUGUACAGUCAACAACUAUUCAACAACAGUUUUCUGAUAUUCAAAAACAUGACUUUUUAACAUCGCUUGAUAUUGAACAAAUAAAUAAAUUACCUUUAGAUCUUUAA